AUGGUUUACGUGCAGGGACAGUCUGCAAGCACCGACCGCUUCGGGAGUCCUGAAUCUGGCAGCAAGGCGCAGCCACACUGUGCCGCGUGGAGAGAGCGUCUGCAGGAGCGGGGCGGCUGGGAGCGGGGCGGCUGGGAGCGGGGCGGCUGGGAGCGGGGCGGCUGGGAGCGGGGCGGCUGGGAGCGGGGCGGCUGGGAGCGGGGCGGCUGGGAGCGGGGCGGCUGGGAGCGGGGAGGCUGGGAGCGGGGAGGCUGGGAGCGGGGAGGCUGGGAGCGGGGAGGCUGGGAGCGGGGAGGCUGGGAGCGGGGAGGCUGGGAGCGGGGAGGCUGGGAGCGGGGAGGCUGGGAGCGGGGAGGCUGGGAGCGGGGAGGCUGGGAGCGGGGAGGCUGGGAGCGGGGAGGCUGGGAGCGGGGAGGCUGGGAGCGGGGAGGCUGGGAGCGGGGAGGCUGGGAGCGGGGAGGCUGGGAGCGGGGAGGCUGGGAGCGGGGAGGCUGGGAGCGGGGAGGCUGGGAGCGGGGAGGCUGGGAGCGGGGAGGCUGGGAGCGGGGAGGCUGGGAGCGGGGAGGCUGGGAGCGGGGAGGCUGGGAGCGGGGAGGCUGGGAGCGGGGAGGCUGGGAGCGGGGAGGCUGGGAGCGGGGAGGCUGGGAGCGGGGAGGCUGGGAGCGGGGAGGCUGGGAGCGGGGAGGCUGGGAGCGGGGAGGCUGGGAGCGGGGAGGCUGGGAGCGGGGAGGCUGGGAGCGGGGAGGCUGGGAGCGGGGAGGCUGGGAGCGGGGAGGCUGGGAGCGGGGAGGCUGGGAGCGGGGAGGCUGGGAGCGGGGAGGCUGGGAGCGGGGAGGCUGGGAGCGGGGAGGCUGGGAGCGGGGAGGCUGGGAGCGGGGAGGCUGGGAGCGGGGAGGCUGGGAGCGGGGAGGCUGGGAGCGGGGAGGCUGGGAGCGGGGAGGCUGGGAGCGGGGAGGGGCGAUGGAAGCCGCACCCUGA